AUGGCAUCCAAGACAAAGCAGACGAAACAAGAUAGCACGAGCGCUGGGAAAAAUAAGCAAGGAGAAAGUACCAAGAAUGGAGAUACAUCUGAAGGAACAAGCAACAAGGAAACACUUGCCAAAGAGAGGAAAUCAUACUUGCAGAAGGAAUACCAGAUCCUCACUGAACAUAUGAACACGUACAUGGGAAGACUGGAGCAUUUCCUGCAGGAAAAUAAAUUUCUAGAAAAGGAAGCCCAACGGAACCAGGAAGAGAGCAACACUUACCUCUCCUACAUAAAAAAACACAGGCAGAAGUGCCAGAAUCUGAUAAUAACAUUAAACGACCAGAAUCACACCGAUCUGUCUCAAGUCCGUGAGGAGAAAGAGCAGCUGAUCUCACAAUAUGCAGAAAAAGAGAAGGAGGUAAGGAGCCAUCUGACGAACAUGGAGACAAAGUACUCUCUUAUGAACCAGGAGGUUGAAGACCUGGAGCCUCUCAAAUAUCAAUCUGUUCAGCUGGAACAGACAAAAAAGAUUAAAGAGCUGGAGAAGGAAUUGUUGGUCACAAAGAUUCAGCAUUCGGAGCAAAUGCACAAAAUCAAGAGCAGAUUUGUCCAGGCCAAGGCUGACUGUGAGAUGAACUGUCAUCAGAAGAUCGAGCUUCUCACCAAGAGAGCAGAAGAAGCAGCGAUACAAGCUCUGAUUCAGCAUAUCAGACAAGUGAAAGCAGAGAACUGGCAUCUGCGCUGGGAAUUGCGCAGACUCAUCCAACACUCCAAAAUCCUGAAAGAAACCAAAGUUCGACUGAGAGAGCAGCAGGAGCAGCUUCUUCGGGAGAACCAGUACAUUCAGGACAUGGCCCAGCUGCAUGGGAUUAUGAGGAGAGGCUCAACAUGA